UCAUGACCGGGUCGUUAGCUCUUAUUGAGCUCGUGGUCAGUGUCAAUUAAGCAGGACACACCGGACACAGAGCAGACGGCGCUGUGAUCUCUGUCUGCUGCUGAAACUUGUUGCAGUCUGUGGUGUGAAAUGCACAUUAGCCUGUGUGUAAGGGCAUCAGUGACGGGCCGCUGCUCUUACUGCUGUGUUCUCCACUCCUGUGGUGUCGUUGGAAGCGCCGUGUGGCCAACCAGCUGCUGCUCGACGGCUUUCAAAAUCCUCUAAACUCCGAAGCGUGAACUGAACGAAAAGCGGUCUCCGGUGCGCGUGCACUCGCGCGUGCGUAAUCGCGCGCGGUGGCGAGGAGUGACCGCAGCAGAAAGGACAGAAACCUGCAACACGCCGGCAGCGCUGCUGAGAAAGAGAGACAGCUCAUCAAGAGGAUGCCGGGUUUGAGGAACCGUGCCACAUGGGCUCCACUCUUGCUGAAGAGCUCCCGCAUCACUUCCUGUGCCAAUGGCUGUUCACUGGGCAUCACAGCACACCUGACAUACGCUAACACUGAAUCUGAACCUGUGGAGGGGCUGUUUGUGUAUCCACUCAGUGAGCGGGAGGUGGUGGUGGGUUUCGAGGCGCUGGUCUCUGGCAGACUGCUGAGUGUGGAGCUGCAGAGCCGGGGGAAGCUGGACGACUGCUGUCUGGACUGCUGUCCAGGAUCAGCCUUCAACAGCCAAUGUGGGCACAGCAAGGAGUGGACCUGCUGUGGGGGAAACAGCCUGGACAUACAGUGCUGUAACGGUCACCUCCUGCUGGAUGAGGAUCUGGAGCGGACCACUUUCAUCAUAGGCACAGGACUCAUCGCUCCUAUGGAGAUGGUGUCAGUGGUCAUCAGCACCACCCUAGAGCUCCCCACAUUAGAGAAUGGCGCGAUCCACCUGAUCUACCCUACAGUGCUCACUCCUAUAGUCAGAGCCAGGAUGCAACCAACCAAAAGUGAAAAUGGUGGAAGAUCAGAGGAGACAAAUGCAACCAGGUGUUUUGGAGUGUCUGGUAAGCAGGAGAAGCUGCUGGAGGUUAAUGAACAGUGUGCACAUGCUCUGUUCUCCAGCCCUGCAACCAACCUUGCCCCAUAUGAGCUCAACUUCCAGCUGCUGGUCCGUGGGGCUUGUCUACUAGCAGGUCUAGAGAGCCCGACCCAUGCCCUGCGUGCAGAUGCGGAGCCCAGCGCUCAAUCAGCCUCUGCCACUUACAUCACCCUGGCUGAGGAUCACCCAUAUGACCGACACCUGGAGAUCAUACUGCACCUGAGCGAGCCUCAUAGUCCACUGGUUAUCCUGGAGAGGGGCCGACUAACCUUCAGCCAGUACGAGCAGCAGAUUAGUGCCCGCCGUGAUUUCAUUCGCUGUGUACGCAAGGAAGCAGAGCCUGAGAAGAAACUGGAGUUCAUGAGGAAGCGUUAUCAUACGGAUGUGCUGAGUAACCCGGUACUGAUGCUGAACUUCUGUCCUGACCUUUCGUCUGAGCCGCUGGAGCUGCAGCAGGCCAGCAGAGAGCUGCUGUUUCUCAUCGACCACGGCGCCAAUGUCACACAGCACACAAUCAACAAGAUCAAGGAAGGUAUGCUGGUGGCCGUUAAGAGCCUUCCUCAUGGUACCAUGUUAAAUGUUGUGGGCUUUGACUCCUCUGUAAAGCCUCUCUUUGCCUCCAGCAAGCCCUGCACUGAUAGCACUCUGGCCCAGGUAUUGGAUUAUAUCCAGAGGCUGCGUGCAGAUCAGGGUGCCACCGACCUGUUGGGAGCACUAUCCUGGGUCUACCGCCAGCCUGUCCAUCGCAGCUGCCCUCGGCAGCUCUUCAUCCUGACCGAUGGCUCAUUGGGCAGUGUCGGUCGAGCACUGGAGCUGGUCAGGAGGAACACCUGUAAUGCCAGGUGUUUUGGACUGGGUCUCGGGCCACGGGCCUGCAGAAGGCUGCUUCAGGGCAUUGCCAAGAUGACGGGGGGAAAUGCAGAGUUCCACUGUGAAGAAGAGAGACUGCAGCCAAAGCUGAUAAAGUGUCUGAAGAAAGCUCUGGAGCCAGCGCUGACAGAUGUGCGCAUUGACUGGUAUGUGCCAGACAACAUGGAGGCUCUGCUUUCGCCCAAUGAGAUUCCACCGCUCUACCCAGGGAAUCGCCUGAUAGGCUACUGCACUCUCUAUGAUGUAUCUGCAUUCAAAGUUAAGAAGAAUGAAGUAAAGAGUCAUGGAUACAGGCCUGCCCCACGGGGCUCUGUGGGGUCAGUAUUUGAGCUGUCCCCUGGAUCAUCCGAGCUGCUGCAGCCCUUGGUGCCGGCAAGUGAGCGAGAGGCAGCAGAGGAGGGAGAGAUUGAGGAUGUACUAAGAGAAAUUUCACAAGAAAUUUCCUCUGAGUUCUCCUGUGCUCCAGCUACGGACAACACCAGCAACUCCGUCACUGACCAGGACUAUAUAGUGAGUGAUGUGCGCUGGCGGAUGGAGCAGGCAUCAUAUGUGCAGGAGCAGUACAUGUUGACCCGCUGCUCUCUGAGCAGUGAGAGGGGGCUGGCCUCUUUCUCUUCUCCAUCAGAGGGUCUCUCUUUGAGCAUGGACACUGGCUCACUCCCACAGGGCCUGGAGAGGGUCCAGCCACAGGGGAGGGGGCUCUCACGCUGGGAGUCACCGUGGCAACAGACCGCCACCUCCUCUGUGGAUACAGAACCUGAGAAGGGAGUCCGGCUGUCAGAUCGAGAGGAGUGUGUGCGCAGACAGAAGGCUCUAGCACGCUGUGCUCUGGCCAGCCGCAGUUUCUCGUCCCCACAGGGUGACCUGGACAUGCACUGCCUGCGGAGGGCGCUGGAGAGAGUGUCCUUUGAGCAGACUGUUGGAGGCAAACUGGAUGAGAACGACAUAGAGACACACAACACACCCCAAGCUCUGUCUCUUACAGACUCCAAUGGUCUCCUGUUUCCUGCCUCUCCAUUGGACUGGGACAGCUUCACUGAUCCUGAGGCUCUUUUUGCACCUACCCCUGCAGGUGACUCUCAGGCUGGUCAGGCCUCGUGUCGCUCUGUCAUCCACGGCCUGUUGGGUGCCCGGCCUGUAUCCUGGGAGGUGGCUGUGGACCUCUCUACGCUGUGGGCCACUGAGAGCCCCCCACGAGGCCACUGGGAUGAAAUCAUCCACCAACUCACUGCCCGCUCAAUCAUCAGAGACUUUGAGAACAUGGCUGAGAAAGAGACAGACAUAGAACACGGGUCAUAUAAGCGAUAUCGUAUGAAGGCCAUCCAGACCAGCAAAAGCUGUGGGAUCAUCUGCAUGUACACCGCCUUUACUACUACUGACACCAGCCCCAAGAAAACACUGUCAGAAGCCACCAACAGUCGAUACACAGGUGUGCGUUUUGGGAGCAGACGCAGUACCAGCAGCAAGAGACAGAGAACGCUCUCUGUUGGGUUCGGUCGCAGACCAUCAAACAGGGACAGUGAGGAGAUAGAUGACAUUCAUACCUCCACAGACAGAGACAACACACCAGCUUCUCCACGCAGCCUGGCAUCUUGGGACAGCAGUGUUGGUAGGAAUGUGUGUCCUGGCAGUCCUUCUGCUGCUUCGUCCCGUUCUCAACGGUCCAUCGAGAGCAGAUCGGUUGAAAGCUUCUUCACCACCAGGUUUAACCUGGGCAGACUCAGGUCCAGCCACAGCUCAGGAAGGCAAACUCCUCUCAAACCACAGUGCCUGUCUGCCGAAUCAGACACAUAUACAGACUCCAUAUCACCCGACUCUCUGCCUCUGGUGCGUCUGCAGCUGGCCUCGGGUGCGUUCCUGUUGUGUGAGUCGUUCUCAGAGUGCAUUCACAUUCCUCUGGAUCGUCUGAAGAGGGCAUCUCCUUACCUGAGCCACCGCAGCAGCCUGAGCCCACCAUACCGCUGCAUCUCACCUCCUGGCACCCGCCCCAUUGCCCCCUACAGGCCUAUGGACCACACUAGCACCCACCAGCCUCACGCCAGCCUACGCCGUUACUAUGAUAACGAGCCCCUCACCGUUUUUUCUGACCCAGAGGAGGGGUCUCCAGAACCAGUGGGAGGCAUCCUGCAGGCAGAUAGUGGGCGUGGCUCUGAGACAGACAUGUGUGAGGGCUCUCCACUGGAGGGGGUGGACCCUCAUGGGGAAGAACUGGCACAGCUAGAUGUGGAAAGCUCCAGCUGGGCUACAGCACUGGCUCUGGCCUGGCUGGAGCACCACUGUGCUGGCUACUUUGUGGAAUGGGAGCUAGUGGCUGCCAAGGCUGAUUUUUGGCUCAAAUGUCAGUCACUGCCAGAGGGUGUGGACCUGCCAGGGCUCAGGGCAGCUGCAAGACAACUGUUCCUAUUGCUCCGCCACUGGGAUGAGAAUCUGCAACUCAACAUGCUCUGCUACAAUCCAAACAACAUGUGACAGAAACCUCCAACUGCUAGGACCCAAAUGUAAUGGAAACAGUGACUCGACAUUCCACUAGAACCCAGGUAUGUGGCAGAACCUCCAACACCACAUGGUCUGCUAGAAACCAAGCAAGUAAGAUGGAACCACUGACUCCACAUGGUCUGCUAGAACCCAAACAACAUAUGAUGGAAUCUUCUACUCCAUAUGGUCUGCUGGAGUCCAAGCCCCACAUGAUGGAACCUCCAACUUCACAUGCUUUGCUAGAACCCUAACAGCAUCUGGCAGGACCACCAACUCCACGUACUCUCCAAGAUCCCAAACAAUAUAUGACAAAACCUCCAACUCCACAUGCACUGCUAGAAUCCAAACACCACAUGAUAGAACCUUCAACUCUGCACGCUCUGCUAGUAACCAAACAGCAUAUGAGAGGACAUUGAACACCACACAAUAUGAUGGAAUCUCCAACUCCACAUGCUCUCCCAGAACCCAAACAACAUAAUGACAGGCCCUCUUACACCACAUUCUCUGCUAGAAUGCAAACAACAUAAUAGAAUUUCCAACUCUACAUUAUCUGCUAAAACCCAGACAACACAUGAUGGAACCUCCAACUCUACUUGGUCAACAAGAACCCAAGAUUGUACAUACAAUGCAAUAUCUGUUUACAGCCCAGCAAGACAUACUAAUUCCUCCUAGCAUGUCCUAUCAGACCAAAUUGGCUUAUUCUGUAAUUCUAUGUGAACCACUGAUCCUGGUCUAACUCUCACAGAAACUCUCUGUACUUGUAUGAACAGGGAUAACAGUGAUGACAUCCCAAGGACUUUUAUUCAAGCAAUAGUAAGGGCUCCAAUUUCAUAAACGUUCCCUUGUCUUAGAACAGUGGCCACCAACCCUGGUUAAAGAGGUCUUACUUUAUGGAGUCUAGUUCCAACCACAAUCUGCCAAAUGUCCUCCAGGUACUGAACUUCUUCAGAACUUGCUGAUUGGUUGGACCUUAUGCAUUAGUGCUGGGUAAAGGAAUGGAGUGGGGGUGAAGGGUAAAGGGAAGAAGGAGGGUUGGUGACCUCUAUACUAUACAUUAUUCUGCCUUUUAAGCCAUUUCUAAUGAAUGUAAAGAACUUGUAGUGUGCACGAGUAAUCAAAUACCCGGUUAAACUUUCCAGGUGCCAGUGUUUGAAUACUGAAAUCACUAUCUGAGUGUUCAUUAUGCUGCAUUCCAGGAAGUCAGGGGAAAAUACAGCAUUGAAAAACAGAAAAGGGAGGAAAAGAGGAAAGAUCCAUAGCAGCAGGGAAAUGACUUCUUAUGAUACUUUGGUACUGACUAAAGACUUUUUUUGUUGUUCUCCACUGUUCACUUUAUGUCCAUAUAUUAACUUCUAGACAUUCAGAAUGCACAUUGAAACCAUGGGACAUACUAAACUGCAGUUUCAGCUACUCCCUGCUCCAUCACAUCUAGUUCUCAUCCAACUUAUCAGCCAGUUUUCAAGCCCUUCAUGAGCUGGAUCCUGGGUGUUGGAGAAGGUAAUACUUGAAACCGAUAAGGUAGUGGGUUCCCAGGAGUUGAGAGAGAGAGAUAAAAUCCAUGAAAUGACUAGAGCCUCUAUCUGCUCCAAGAGGUGGGGCCACUUCAUAGUGAACUGUCUUUAGUAGCUCGCUCCAAUCAAUUCUGCAAGAUGCUGUGAGUAUUCAAGUUGCAUUCCACAGAUUUUUCCAAGUUGUUGAGAUGUAAAGUCAGUUGAAGUGGUCUGUUGUGGAAUGGUUCAGAUGGUUAUAGAGAAACUGAGAAGCUUGAUGACAUUGAUUUCUUUACAAUAUUAGUGAUAGGAACCAGAUGUUAUAUCUACAUGAAAUUGAUAGAUUGAAAUGACUUUCUGUGGUGGAGUGUUUGGUGGUAUGAAACUCUAAAUGUCUGGUUCCUGUCACAGUAAAUUGAACAAUUCUGCCUCAGCAAGUUUCUUUGGAAUGGAGCAUUUAAAACUAAACCACUCAGAAGGAUUUUGUUGGUAUUGUAACUGCUUAAUUAUACAGAAGGUUUGAAAAAUCUGUGGAAUUAUUAUUCUUUAAGGAACUGACUUGCCCGUUGCUUUCAGAGACUGCCUGUCUGGGCACUUUUAUUGCUGUUUCUGUCACCUUUCCUGCUGCUGGAUGCUUCUUUGUAUUGUCAUAAUUGACAUUUGUGUAAUAUUGAGUGGCUUCUGUUGGAUGUAUCUAGUUUAGAUGCUGCUGCUUUUAUUUUCUUUUUAAAUUUUCCAUAUGACAAGUUGCUAAAAAGGAUGUUCUAAAAAAAAAAACGAGUCACAGGGUAAGAUGAGGUCAGGCACUGUAUUACCUUUUGAUGUCGGUGGCUGUAUUGAGAAAUGCUGUAAAGUCUUCAAACUGAUUGAUGCCUUAGAUCCUGCAAUAAAGCUUUUUUCAAAUGUG